CUGUUCCUCUCUUUACAUGCCCGCUGACUGAGAGACCCAUGACAGUUUUACAGAGAAAUAUGUGAAUGUAUACAUUUGCUGAAAACUGACAACGUGACACAUUUUAGUGCCGCAAAGUCUUUCCACUAGCUGACAUGAAGCUGAAUAUAGAGGGUUUAUUAGUCUACUUUCCGUAUGACUAUAUUUAUCCCGAACAAUACUCGUACAUGCUUGAACUCAAGAGGACACUGGAUGCAAAGGGUCAUGGAGUUCUCGAAAUGCCCUCAGGAACAGGAAAAACUAUUUCUCUUCUUUCACUCAUUGUUGCUUACCAGAAGGCUUACCCCUUAGAAGUGACCAAGCUGAUCUACUGCUCUCGUACUGUACCUGAGAUUGAGAAGGUUGUGGAGGAGUUAAGGAAGCUAAUGGAUUAUUAUGCAAAGGAAACGGGAACGAAAAACAACUUCCUUGCACUGGCACUUUCUUCACGGAAAAACCUGUGCAUUCAUCCUGAGGUCAGCUCUUUGCGGUUUGGAAAAGAAGUAGACGGAAAGUGUCACAGCCUGACAGCGUCAUACAUUCGAGCACAGCAUCACAGUAGCCCAAGUCAACCUGUCUGCCAGUUCUAUGAGGAAUUUGAUGCAGUUGGUAGACAGGUGCCCCUUCCCUCUGGUAUAUAUAACUUGGAUGAUCUGAAGGACUUUGGGCGUAGAAAAGGCUGGUGCCCAUACUUCCUGGCACGUUACUCAAUCCUCCAUGCAAACAUUGUAGUGUACAGCUACCAUUACCUACUCGAUCCAAAAAUUGCUGACCUAGUGUCCAAAGAGCUUGCAAAGAAAUCUGUAGUUGUGUUCGACGAGGCUCACAACAUAGAUAAUGUGUGUAUUGAUUCCAUGAGCGUCAACAUUACAAGGCGGACACUGGAUCGCUGCCAGUCUAAUGUGGAAACUCUGCAAAAUACAAUAAGGAGAAUUAAGGAAACCGAUGCUGCCAAACUUAGAGAAGAAUACAGGAGAUUAGUUGAGGGACUUAAAGAAGCAAACGUUGCUCGAGAAACUGACAUCUAUCUGUCCAAUCCUGUCCUGCCAGAUGAAAUCCUACAGGAGGCUGUUCCUGGCAGCAUCCGGACAGCAGAGCACUUUGUGGGCUUCAUAAAGCGCUUCCUAGAGUACCUAAAGGCACGUUUGCGGAUCCAUCAUGUGGUGCAGGAGAGUGCUCCUCAGUUCCUCAAAGACACCUUUGAGAAGGUCUGCAUUGACCGCAAGCCUCUGAGAUUUUGUGCUGAGCGGCUUCGCUCUCUACUGAGGACUUUGGAGAUUGCUGACAUUGCUGACUUCUCAGCCAUUACUCUGAUCUCUCACUUUGCUACUCUUGUCAGCACCUACAGCAAAGGCUUCACCAUCAUCAUUGAGCCCUUCGAAGAUAGAACGCCAACAAUAGCAAAUCCUGUUCUUCACUUCAGUUGUAUGGAUCCCUCUAUUGCCAUCAAGCCUGUGUUUGGGCGCUUUCAGUCAGUCGUUAUUACAUCAGGGACUCUUUCUCCACUGGACAUCUACCCACGUAUUCUUGACUUCCGCCCCGUCACUAUGGCAUCCUUCACCAUGACCCUGGCACGAACCUGCCUUUGCCCACUUAUUGUUGGACGAGGGAAUGAUCAGGUGGCCAUGACUUCCAAAUUUGAGACCAGGGAAGAUUUUGCUGUAAUCCGGAACUAUGGAAACCUGCUGCUGGAAAUGUCCGCUAUUGUCCCUGAUGGAAUUGUGGCGUUUUUCACAAGUUACGUUUACAUGGAGAACAUUGUGGCCUCAUGGUAUGAACAGGGAAUUCUUGAGAACAUCCAGAAGAACAAGCUCAUUUUCAUAGAGACCCAAGAUGCAGCAGAGACCAGCAUGGCCCUGGAGAAGUAUCAGGAGGCCUGUGAGAAUGGCAGAGGAGCAAUUCUUCUUUCAGUGGCAAGAGGGAAGGUGUCUGAGGGUAUUGACUUUGUUCAUCACUUUGGUCGUGCUGUUAUCAUGUUUGGAGUGCCAUAUGUUUAUACUCAGAGCCGAAUUCUCAAGGCACGGUUGGAAUACCUGAGAGACCAGUUUCAAAUCAGGGAAAACGACUUUCUGACUUUUGAUGCGAUGCGUCACGCAGCUCAGUGUGUGGGUAGGGCCAUCCGAGGCAAAACAGACUAUGGCCUUAUGAUCUUUGCUGACAAGCGUUAUGCACGAGCAGAUAAACGAGGGAAACUGCCCCGCUGGAUCCAAGAACACCUUACAGAUGGAAGCUUAAAUCUGACCAUCGAUGAGACGGUGCAGUUGUCCAAACACUUUCUACGACAGAUGGCCCAGCCAUUCAGACGGGAGGAUCAGUUGGGUCUGUCUCUGCUGACCCUGGAACAGCUGCAGUCUGAGGAAAUGCUGAAGAAAAUUGCCCAGAUCGCUCAGCAAGCCUGACAUCUCUUACAGGGUCAUGAAACAAAUUCAGGGGUAGAGUCAACUUUGUAUUUAUUAUGUUUUUGUAUUAAAGAUACAAUUUCAUACUUUGUUUUCUACUGCAAACCCAAAGGCAUUAAUAAAUGCUGUUC